AACGGGCCAGGCUCUCCAGAAGUGACACGUUCGUUUCACGCACUUCAGUGAACGAUACUUUUAACGUGAGGCUAAUUGACGGGGUCUCGCGUCUGUUGAAGAAGGUUGAGGUGACAGUAGCCCUCGAUCAAGAAAAAUGGGGGAAGAAAGGUUGGACUUGGAGAAACCACUGUGGGACCUGAGCACCUUCGUGGGCAGAUGGAAACACUUUGCUUGGAUGACUGACUUCAGAACCUGCAUUGUGCCCGAAUCUGAGCUGCUCAACGCGAAGAAAUUAUGCGACGACUACAAACUUGGGAAGGAGCCAGCUGGUACAACCAGAGAGCAAAUCAUCUAUGCUAAGAAGCUUUACGAGUCGGCCUUUCAUCCCGACACCGGUGACCUGCAGAAUGUCUUUGGCAGAAUGUCCUUUCAAGUGCCAGGAGGAAUGGCCAUAACUGGUGCCAUGCUUCAAUUCUACAAAACAACCACAGCCGUGGUUUUUUGGCAAUGGGUGAACCAGUCGUUCAACGCGUUGGUCAACUACACGAAUAGAAACGCUAACAGCCCUACGACAGAGCUACAGUUGGGGGUGGCUUACGCGAGCGCGACAACAGCAGCAAUGAUAACGGCGAUAGGAUGCAAAUCGUUCUGGGCUAAACGAGCCAAUCCACUUAUGGCGCGUUACGUGCCGUUCGCAGCGGUCGCCGCGGCCAACUGCGUGAACAUUCCGUUGAUGAGACAGAACGAAAUAAGCCAGGGGAUCGAGAUCAGCGACGAGAACGGCAACAAACUUACAAAAUCAAAGAUCGCGGCGGUCAAAGGUAUCAGUCAAGUGGUAGUCUCGAGGAUUAUUAUGUGCGCGCCGGGCAUGCUGAUUCUGCCGCCUAUAAUGGAAAGAUUGGAACGCUACCCGUGGAUGCAGAAAAUCAAACCGUUGCACGGACCGAUACAGAUCACGAUGGUCGGCUGUUUUCUGACGUUCAUGGUGCCCACAGCGUGUGCGUUGUUCCCACAAAAUUGCUCGAUCGCUUCGUGCACUCUGAAACGCUGGGAGCCCGAAAGUUAUGAACUUUUAAAGGAGAAUUGUGCAUCGAGGUCCAUACCUGCGCAUCUGUACUUCAACAAAGGUUUAUAAUGUAUCAAAAAAAAGUUUAGUCGUCGUAAAAGAACAUUCGAUGGUGCGCCCUCUAUGAAGAUCGUAGCUAUCAAUCAUGGAAUCGAACAAACAUUCGCGUACGAUACGAAUUUCGAGUACUUGUAGUUUUCUGCUGGUUCAGAGGAUGAAAUACGUUCUGCGGUGAACACACACGAUACCGAACGAAUACGACAAUACCGUGCAUUUCGAAUUAAUUUCUAUUUCUACAUAGGGCGACCGUACUUUAUUUUUUAAGUCCCGUUACACGCGCUACAACACGCCAACCUCGACCACCUAAGAUCGUCUCCUACGAUAGUGAUUUAACAACACCGACAAUAUGUACUGUUAGUCGCGAAACGUAACCUCCUUGCUAAACGCGAGUGAUUUCCGAAAAGCAAUAAUUUAUUUCGACCGAACGCUCAAUCGUCUUGCUUCAAAUUAAACAAAACAUAUCGUUUAAGUAGUUAAGCCGUGAUACAGCAAACAUUUCACAUUAUAUUGUUAACCGCUAGGAAUGCGUUACGAGUCGCUAAACGACUGUCGAUGUUCUACUAUUGCUACCUCCCUGAACUGUUAAACGAAACUAAAAAUGCUGCCAUGUAUAUUUUAGUAACAUUACAAUAAACCUUGGGAAAUAAGUAUGCGCGAGUAAUUUCGUUCGA